AUGAGGAUCAAAAACUUCUUCCAAAGACGGAGUCAGAAUAGGGACAUCCAGCGUCUUCUGCGAGACAUUGAGAGCAACGGAACAGCCAUGCAGCAGAGCCAGACUGGCAUCGCAACAGUUCUCAUCCUUCUGAUGCACUUUCUGGAAAAAGAGGACUCCAUCUUUCUUUUGGCAGAUAUAAAUGCGACAAAGCUGUCAGUUGAAGCAGAGAUGACCCUUCCAGCCACGCCAAGACUGAUACUGCUUGGGAACACAUUUCUCUCAGCCAUGAAAUGGAUGGUGAGCUUUGAGGGAAGAGUUGCCUACAUCUUAGAAGAGCAUCUGGGCUUUGCAGAUGCGUUGUCAGUAUUCUUCGGAUGCUUCUAUGUUUUUAACAUAGAGUACCAGGAGCCUGCAUGUGCAACCCUUGAGCUCAUUCAACGAUUCUUUGUCAGGAUAAAUCCAGAGGAGGGAACGAAGUGCUCUGCAAAAAUCGGCACAAGUCAACUUGGAUUAGAUUCGUGGUGGGAGAAUGUCACUUGGCAGAGCACCGAUCCACCCUGA